AUGAAUGGUAACUAGUUUAAAAAUCCUGAAAUAGAAAUUAUAGCUGCUGAUGAAAAGUAAUCUCGACAACCAUAAUAAUAACAUAUAUCAAUCUGUUUCUGUAUUCUGCUCAUCAUAAUAUAUUCGGUUUUAUUAGGAAUUGAGCAAAGAUAAUUACCAUUAAUGAUUUGCAGCAUAUCUUAUAACACCAUAAUAACUAUAAUAAUAUUUAUCAACACAUCUAAAAUUAAUAAAAAAUGGUACCUUACAAUGAUCAUAUUCAGUAAAUUGAUUAGUUUAGUUGUUUUAUUGUUCUUAGAUUAAGAACAUCUAAUUAUUAUUGCAAUAUUAAUAGAUAGUUUAAAUCAUGAAUCCAAACCUAUGAGUGAUGUGGAAUAGACAAUUAUCAAACUUAGUUCACUUAUCGUUGUAUGCAUUAAUGGAAACCUUAUAUUCAUUAUGGUUAUGAUUUCCAUUUUGUUGUUGUAACUAGUAAAAGAUUUGCAUUACAAAGAGUCAUAAAUGAAAAAAUAAUUAAAUGCUACUAACAUAACACCAAAUCAGAAUAUUUCAUAAUAUUCACAAAUAGAAAAAUAAAAUGAUGAGAUAUGGAAGAAUAGAAUGCAAACAAUUCCAAUUAUUGUUAUAAUCAUAUCUAUGCAAAAUUGGUAAAUUGUUCAUAAAAACUAGUUCUUUUAUGAUUUCUUUUCCUUAUAUAAUAAAACGGAAAAAGAAUUAGAAAAUUUGGUAAUGUAUCAUUUGAGUUUUCAUGUUUCCAGUAAUAAUCUUGAAGAAUAAGAUGUUUCAUCCAUUAAUUAAUUCAUCAAUUAAAUAAGAAGACCUCAUACUAUGACGUUUAAUAAUAAUUUUAAUUUAAGAAAUUAAGAAACACUUCAAGAUAUACCUGUAGGAUAUUAAUCCUUGAAUGAAAUAGUAUUAAAUUUUAAAAGUAAAUUCCAAUCUUCUUUCCUUAACAUUCAUCAUUCUGUUUAUUAUGAAAUUUCAUGUAGAUAACAAUUAGAAGAUGGAUCAUAUCUAUAAUUAUUUGGAUAAAUUGUAUAAAAUGAAAAAGACAAUGAACUUUUGAUUUUUUUGAAUGAUGUUUCAGGUUAAAAUGAAAUGUAAUAAAAUAUAUAACUUAACGAUUUCAAAUCUAAAGUAAAAAUUAUUAAAUAUAUAGAUCCUUUAAUCAUUUUCUCAUGAAUUAAGAACUCCUCUAAAUAGUGCUUUGAAUUUUUUGUCCUCCUCUUUAUAAGAAUAAAAGGUACCUCUACAUGUAAAAGAUAAUUUAAUAGAGCCAGCCAUAAACUCUUUAAAAAUACAACAAUAUCUAAUAAAUGACAUUAUUGACUUUUCAUCUUUUUAUCAAGAUCGCAUUAAAAUAAAACUAAGAGAAUUUACUAUAUCUGAACUCAUAACUGAAAUUAGUUCGAUGUUUUAUUAUCAAUUCAAUACUAAAUAAUUAGCUUUUCAUGUUGAUUUAAAAGAAAAUUAGUUAGGUUCUUUUUGUACUGAUUAUAAAAAACUCCUUUAAAUUUUAGUUAAUCUUAUAUAAAACUCAUUGAAAUAUUCUUUUAAAGGAGGCUGUGUUCUCAAACUUAUAUCAUUACCUAAUCAGAAUAUAUAAUUUGAAAUUGUAGAUUAAGGAAUAGGCAUUCAAUAAAAUUUAUUAUUAAAAUUAUAAGAUAUUAGAAAGAAUGUUAAUAAAAAUAAAGAAUUUGUGAAGGAUUGGCAUGGUAUAGGUUUAUUAAUUUCUUCUAUAAUUUUAUAAUAUCUUGCUCCUCCCGAUAUGACCUUUUUCGAUAUUAAGUCAGAAGGGGAAAAUAAAGGAACAUUAAUUUCCUUUUGUAUAAAAAACUUUUUUCGAGUUCCUGCAUCUUAAUAGAAUAUCAAAAAUAGUACAUAGAAUUGUAUGAAUUUUGGAAGUGCAUCAAGUUAAUUCAAAUAAUUGUCAGGUUCUUAAUAAUUACAAGUUAAUAGUUCUCUUUUCAAUGUAAUGGGUACUGUAGUUAAAGCCACAGAAUUUCAUAUCACAAGUACUUAAAUCAAAACUUAAUUUGCUUAAUAUCCUUCAAAAAAAUCUUAGAAUGAUUCUUUUUAUUCUGAAAGUUAUGAUGACUAUUUAGAAAAGAGAUUAGAAGAUUUAGAAAGUUUAAAUCCAUUUUUGAUAACAGAUAUCAAUAAUGUUUAUAACAAACCAAAAGAUAAAUCCUCUAAGGUAAUCAAUUUAAAAUAAAUUAAACAAUUAGAAGAAAAAGAAAGUGAACUUUUUAUUACUGGAUUAAAUAGUUUAAAAAAAUGUAAUUGUAUGAGGAUUUUAAGUGUCGAUGAUGAAAUUUUUAAUCAAAAAUCCUUAUAAAUCUUGAUUUCCAAAAUGGGAUUUGAAGUUGUGUUAGCAUUCAAUGGUUAAUAAGCAAUUUAAGUAGUAUUAGGUUUAUAAAAAUGUUGUUCAUCUUGUAAUUUACUAUCAUUAAUUCUAAUGGAUUAUCAGAUGCCAAUUAUGAAUGGAAUAGAAGCAACAAAAUAAUUGAUAAGUAUGAUGAAUAAAUCUUAAAUUCCAUAAAUUGCAAUUAUUGGUUUGACAGCAUUCACUGGCUAAAAAGAUAUUGAUAAUUGUUUGAAAGCAGGAAUGCAAGAAGUACUAGCUAAACCAUUAAAUAUAUAAGAAUUAAAACAUAUAUUAUUAUGCGUAUUUAAGAAAUCAUGA